AUGGCCAAGCGGCGCGCGGCGGAGCCGCUCACGUUCCACGUGCCCUGGAAGCGGCUCCUGCUCUGCGAGUUUCCGGAGGAGCCGCCGCCUCGGCCGCUCUGGGUCCCGCCGGCCGCGGCCUCGCCCCUCGGCGCCCCGGAGCUGCCCCGAAAGCGCAAAGUGGACGCGGCGGCGAUGACGGAGCCUUCGGCUUUGCCCCGCAAGCGCCACGACGGCGGGGACACCGGCGCCCCGGGCGGCGCGGAGCGGGAGGCCCGCGGCUGGGAGACCAGCGAGCCGCCGCCGCCGCUGCAGCCGCCGCCCCCGCGGCCCCACCGGCCGGGGGAGGAGCUCCCGGGCGCCCGGCCCCCGAGGGGCGGUGGCGACCACGGGGCGGGGCGCGCGGAGCCCCCGCGGGGAGACUGGGGGGCCGCACCGAGCCAGAUCAAUGAAGAAUUUUGGCAGUAUAACACCUUCCAGUACUGGAGGAAUCCUUUACCACCUAUUGAUCUGGCAGACAUUGAAGCUAUAAAUGAAGAUAACCUUACAGAAGCAAGGCUUCAAGGCAAGGAUGAAGUGGUUGAGAUUGACAUGGAGUCCUGA